CCCAGGACUGUGAGUCAGGAGACUUCCAAGCAUCAUCCAAACACACCUUGGAAACUUUGGGGAUUGAGGAAUCCAAGCCGUUUGGACAUUGUCUCAUAUUCCUUUAACGCAUCUCAAACGGAUUUCCUUAACUUUUUUCUUUUCUUUUUUUUUUUUGUUAAAUUCUAACUGAGACUGGACUUAACAAGAGAAUAAUCAUGCAGGUGUUGUUAGUCCACCGCUACUUGGCUGUGUGCGUCACGCUGUUUGGAUACUUUGGAGACGUUUAUCCAGGUGUUGUGCCGAAAAACUCCAACUUGAUCAAACACCCGCCCGGCGCGUCAGCGGGCAAAGGCACCGACUCUGUCAGCCCAAGUCCGCGCACGUCACCCACCGGUGUCGCGGGGCAAAAGUUGCCCCCAGACACCCUGCAGGUAAUAAACUCCCUGCAGUCAGCUGUUUGCACGGAUGAUGAAGACUGUGGAGGGGAGGAAUUCUGCAACGAUGCCCGUGGUGUCUGUCUGCCCUGCCGCAGGAGCCGGAAGCGCUGCGUAAGGGACUCCAUGUGUUGUGCAGGGAAUCGCUGUAGCAACGGUUUUUGUCAACCACAAGACAUUCAUGACACAGAGUCAUCCGUCACAUCUGGCGGGCAUAAACACAACAACACCCUGGAACAUCAAGCCAAGAGGCCUCUUAAUUCCAAUGGCUACCAACCAAUUAAUGUCAAAGGGCAAGAGGGUGACACAUGCCUGAGAUCGGCAGACUGCUCGGAGGGUCUGUGCUGUGCCAGACACUUCUGGUCUCGCAUCUGUAAGCCUGUGCUGACAGAGGGCCAGGUGUGCACGCGCCACCGCAGGAAAGGCACCCACGGUUUGGAGCUGUUCCAGCGCUGUGACUGCGGCGAGGGCUUGGCCUGCAGACCGGAGAAAGCCGAGCGUGAUCACGGUGUCAGCAGGACUGCAGCCCGGAACCUACACACCUGUCAGAGUCGCUGACACCACCGCACGCAGUCACAGCCAGAAGACAGAAUCACACACCCACGCGCAGACACACAUCAAUAAAUCAGUGACAGAUGCUGACAAAUACUCCUCAGAGAAGAUGCUGACACACACAUGCAGAGACACACAACACCUAAGACAUUCUUUCCUGCCAGAGUUGCUGACACAAAUGCAUCACCAAGAUGGAGAGACAUGAAUCCUAGAAAAGUGAUACACCCAGAGGGAUGCAACAGUGUGAGACGAACUCAUCCAGUUUUCCAUCAGCAGAUAUAGAUUCAGAAGUUAGGAAGUAGCAUUUCACAGGUAUUUGUGGAGAUGGAUUCAUGUUGUCAGUAAUGGCAGAGUAGUUUUUGUUUCUCUUUUUAUGGAACUUGAGGCCACAGCAAUCACAGUAAAUUACUGUAGUGUAAAUAUUAUCCUGCAGGUGGCACUUAUUUGCUCUACUGAAUUAUGUCAACACCAGUAUUAUAGAGACAUGGUGAUGCAUGUUUUGUAAAUAAACUGUAUAGUAUAUAAAUUGUUUUAUAAGAGAAAUAAUGACAAAUGUGAAUAUUUGUUUUAUUAAAUGCGUUGUGAUAACCUUA